AUGCUCCAAGCAGUCAUGUCGGUCACACGACCAGGUGUUUUGACGGCAAGCACUUCUUCUUCUCCUCCCCUUUGCCCAGGCAAUAUCACCACCAGGAUCCGGGCUACGGAGGCCGGCUCCGACGAAGCCAUCAAAUCCAUCCUGGAGCAAGCCAAGAGGGAGUUGCAGGUGCAGAAAACAGCGGAGCCUCCGCAGCCACCUUCCCUUUGCAGCAGUGGCGGUGGAUCCGACGACGCCAUCCGCUCCAUCCUGCAGCAGGCCCGGCGAGAGAUGGAGGCCCAGCAGGCCGCCCUGGAGCCCGCUUUGAAGGCCGCCCCAUCGGUGCUCUCCCAGGCCGAGAUGUCCCUCCUGUCCCCCAAGCUGGUCCCCACCCCGGCGGGCCUCUCUUCGGUCUCCGGCUACUCCCCUUUGCCCAUGUCCUUGAAGAAGCACUCAUCCUCAUCCUCCUCCUCGGCAGAGUCCAGCCUCUGCUCGCUGCAGACCCUCAAGAAGGAGGCCCCCGAGAGUCCUGCGCUGGAGUUGCUCCACGGGGUCUCGGACGCCUCCACGCAAAGCGUGUUGCGGCACGUUAAGAACGAACUAGGACGCAGCGGGGUCUGGAAGGACCACUGGUGGAGCACGGUGCAGCCGGAGCGGAGGGCCGCGCCGCCAGCCCCGGAGGAGGUGCCCAAGGUAGAGGAGGCCCCUGGCGGGAAGGAGAAGCGCGGGCAGCCGCUCCAAGGGCCCUCCUCCUCCUCCGCCUCCUCGGAGUACUGGAAGGAGUGGCCCAAUGCCGAGUCGCCCUACUCACAGGGUUCCGAGCUGAGCGUGACGGGGGCCAGCCGCAGCGAGACCCCGCAGAACAGCCCCCUCCCUUCCUCCCCCAUCGUCCCCUUGUCGAAGCCAUCGAAACCCUCCGUCCCGCCACUGACGCCGGAACAGUACGAGGUCUACAUGUACCAGGAGGUGGACACCAUAGAGCUCACCCGUCAGAUCAAAGAGAAGCUAGCCAAGAACGGCAUCUGCCAAAGGAUAUUUGGGGAAAAGGUGCUGGGCCUCUCCCAGGGAAGCGUCAGCGACAUGCUGUCCCGGCCGAAGCCCUGGAGCAAGCUGACCCAGAAAGGCCGCGAGCCCUUCAUCCGCAUGCAGCUCUGGCUCAACGGCGAACUGGGGCAGGGAGUCCUGCCUUCUCAAGGGCAGCCCCUCGGACAAGGUAAGGGCACCACUGUCGUGGGUGGCCGUUGGUCUGUAUUCGCGGAAGCUCUCUCCAGGUCCUUGGGUUGCCCUCUCCUCAGCUUCAGUCAUAAUCAAUCUCGAGGCCUUCUCGUGGGUGGCACCGUGAAAGGGAAACGUUCCCUUGUGGGAGUCAGCGAGGAUGGAUACCACUGUUGUAGCUCAGCAAGUUGA